UGUAUUUAACUGAUACAGGGAGGAAACAUUUUCCCCCUGUAACUGUCCCCUGUUGAUAUGACGAUCACUACUGCUGGGUCACACCAUGCACAGGAGGCAGAAACCCAGUGCUCCAGAACACAAGAGGGAUCUUGCAGCACAUGGAGGAGCUCUAUCCAUGUCCCACAAUGACACACGCUCUUUUUUCAACUUCUCUCAGCUCGUGCUCUCUGCUGGCCAUCUCAAAUCAUCACCAGUGCUCAAGCAUUCAAAGAUCACUUACUUCGAAGUGGAAAUUCUUGACGUGCAAAGCAAGAAGCAGAUCUGCAUUGUGGACAAGAUACCUCCAUCAUCUACCCUUCUUGAUGUGAAACACAAAUUUCACAAAGCAUGUCCCCAGUGGUACCCUUCCCGUGUUGGCCUGCAACUAGAACGCAAUGGGCCCUAUUUGAAGGAUUCCAUUAACAUUCAAAGCCUUGCCGUUUCCUCCAUCAUCACACUGUAUUUUACAGACCUGGGUCAGCAGUUUUUUCUAACGGAAUACACCGGUCCUCUUCUAAUAUAUCUGCUCUUUUACAUUCGUCUCUCAACUAUUUAUGAUCAAGUGGAAAGUACGAAGAACUUCCGCCACCCAGUGGUUCACUUGGCCUGCUUCUGCCAUUGUUUACACUACAUCAGGCAUCUUUUGGAGACGUUAUUUGUUCACAAGUUUUCGGGAGGGCACACUCCUCUGAAAAAUAUGAUAAAGGGCUGUGCCUUUUACUGGGGAUUCACAUCCUGGAUUGCAUACUACAUCAACCAUCCACGAUAUACGCCACCAUCAUUUGGCCACAGACAAGUUUCUUUUGCUGCCCUUGCUUUUCUGAUGUGUGAAGCUGGAAAUCACUUUAUCAACGUAACUUUAGCUCACCAAAAUCAUUCAGGAAGUAAAGCCUGUUUUCCAAGUCCAACCUACAACCCCUUCACGUGGCUCUUCUUGCUGGUAUCCUGUCCCAACUAUACAUACGAGGUUGGGUCUUGGAUAAGUUUCACAGUGAUGACACAAACCCUUCCAGUUGGCAUUUUUGCUUUCCUGAUGGUCAUCCAGAUGUCUCUGUGGGCCCAGAAGAAACACAAGCUGUACCUGAAGAGAUUUUAUCCAGAGGUAGGCAGAUCAGGCCCACGAUCCCAGGAGGGCACUGUUUGUGAGGUACUUCCCAUCUUGCUACUAAUUUGCAGCAUGACCUUGGGUACAUCAUUUCAGUCCAUCCCCCGUUCUCACAUUGAACGGCUCUGGAAAUAGCAGAAGACUCUCUCGACUAACAAGUUUGUGUUAAGAUCCCCUUGUUCCAUGCCUGACUGCAUCCGGAUACCAUUCACCUUAUUUGUAUGGAGCGCUGUGAAAUCCUUGGGCACAAGGUGAACCACAGCACAGCUCGUUAUGGAAAAGGAAAGGGAUCCUACCAAAUGCAUUUCAGUCCAUACCUGAACUGCCUCAUACGGACAGUACUGAAAGGCUUCAGCUCCCCUUCAAUUUGGUCAGUCUCUAUCGGCUACUUUUCUUUCCAGGACAUUAUUUUUUUAAGGGAUUCUCCGGGCUUGCUAUUCAAGUCCUGAAGACUCUGUUUAGCUCCAUUUGCAAAUCGUGGCAUCCAUGUCAUGCAGAAGCACAAUUUUAGUUACAGAGAGCAAACGAACCAGAACUGCUUCAACAAGUAUUAAGAUGUGGAGAGUUAGGGCAUUAUGUCCAGUUUUCAUUCUAUUUCUGUUGCACAUUUAUCAAUGUCUUUUGGCUCCCUCAGGCUGGUGAAAAAGCUUGCCUAAGGACUUUAAUGAUUAGAGAAACACCGGAGCACACAAGCAAGGCAGGCAGUUUGUCUCCUAAAGGCGCUGGUAUCUUUGCACCAGCUCAAGUGUUGUAACAAAGUUAAUUUGCCCAGUAAAUUGGGUUCAUAUCCCUCUUCUCAUGUCUAACUUGCAACACUUACCCUAUUAGCCACGGUAACUCAAUUUCAUCACGGUAAUGUAAGUAAAUCACUUUCCAUAUUUUUUAACUUGUAACCUGUGAACACCUAGAAUUUUUUAUUCCUCUCAAUGGAAAACCCGAGUCACAGUGAACAUCCAGUUGUCUAACCCAGACUGCUAAUAAAGACCUAUUUUUGAAAAAUUAUUUUUUGUAGUCUUUAGUCACUUACACCUAACAACAAUACUUUUGAAAGCCAUUCUUUUCCAACCAGUGUUAGAUGUGUGAGUCAAGACUGUUGUCUUUUUUUUCUUUAAAUCCAGCUACUGGGUUUGUUUUCAUUUCAUGUUUAUUAAAUGCCUCAUUUAAGCAAUCUGCAAGUUUAAAAUAGUUCGCGUGGGAGGGUAACUUGCCAAAAUUACUUACUUAUCUGUUAGUCUCUUGAUUACAAUGGCUGCAGCUUUAUGUCUGUUCAAGGCAUGUUUCCAGAGUGAUUCCAAUUGCUCGGAGCGUGGCUCCUAUUCAGCAGUUAGCUUAGGCAAAGGAAGUACUUCAGGAAUUUUUUACCUCUCUGCUUACUAGUUGGUCGUUCAGUACACGGGGUGG